CCCCUAUUAUUGUACUUCCCUUCAUGAAAUUUCGUUGAUUUUUUAUGUCUUCCAUGACAAAAUGUCUUUUCCCUGGAUCUGAAGAUGAUUCUAUAUAAAUUUGAUCCAAAUUCAUUAAGAAAUUGAGUAUCUAUCUAGUUUUCUUUGGGAGAUUUUGGAACAAAUAGCUCUGAUUUGUGGUUCAAUAGUUGUGCCAUUUCUUGAUUUUCCAAAUUCUAUGGCAAACUUUGGAACUACCCAGAGAAUACCCACCUGCACAACACCUUCGUGCAAAGCUGAAACUCAUGAACCAAAAAAACCUCAAGAAAAGCUAUACAGUGACUUCAAAGUUUACUGGCCCUUCAGCCUUCCCUUGACAUCAGAAGCUGCAGCAAUUCGAAUCCUCAGAAACUUGGAGAAUCUGGGGUUAUAUUACACACUCUUUCUAUGGAUCAUACUCUUCAUGAUUCUCAUCCCUCGCCACAAGGUGUCAUUGAUUCUUCUAGUUAUCAUGACCUAUGUCACAACCCUUUAUUGUUUAGUGCUAAGGGCAUACCCCAACUCUGUUUUGCUUCAUAGAAGCGUUGAUAAAAGGUUUGUGUUCGGUUUACUAGUAUUUGCAACACUAGUGCAGCUGAUUUUGACUGAUGCAGGGGUUUAUCUUGCAGUGAGUUUAGCUUGUGUUGUGCCUUUAGUUUUGUUGCAUGCAGUUUUAUGGGUAAGUCACCAUACCUUUGUUGAGACUGAGGAUGAGGAUGCUUGUUGCUGUGCAAAACAAUUGGUUCCUUUAGAUGGCCAUAAUGAAUGUAGAACUGAUGGAAUAGAGAAUGUUUGAUUUUGGGAGUACAUAUAUGUAGAAAGUUCGGUUCCUCUCCAUAGUCAUUGCUAUUGCAAUCAAUUGCAAAAUAAGUUUGAAUUCAAAAGUUUUGAAUUAUUUAAAGUUUCUACAAUUGAAAUUAAGGGCAGUUUGAUGUCCACUUUUUUACAACUAAUCUAGGAUUUUUUUCUUGUGUGUGACGUUCCUGAAGUGUUGUACUUGCCUAGUUUAG